AUGGGCAAGUUUACCGAAGCCCAGGAGCUGUACUCGGCUUUCAUUGGCCAGUUCGCAAGUCACAGGAGCAGAUGUAGCCCUGAGGAUUUGGCCACCACAUAUAACAACAGGGGGCAAAGCAAGUACUUCAGUGUUGAUUUUUAUCAAGCCAUGGACGACUCCACAUCUGCCGUAGAAAUCCUGCCCAACUUUGAAGUUCUGUAUUACAACAGAGGCUUGAUAUGCUAUAGGCUGGGGUAUUUUGAUGAAGCUUUGGAAGAUUUCAAGAGGGCAUUAGACCUAAAUCAUGGAUUUCAAGAUGCUGUUUUGAGCUUAAAACAGACUCUUUUAAACAAAGAAGAAAAGCAAUGA